AUGUCUCUAAUUAGACUCUUUUUGUUUAUCAAAUUUCCAAAGUGCCAAAUGUUCAUUCAUUCAUUAUGUUUAUUAUGUGAAAUAAUAAUCAUUUCAAUAACAGUAAUAAUUCCUAAAUGUUUUUGUCUUAUGGGAAGUCCUCCAACAAAUUUACCGGAAUGUUUGAAUUUUGGAACAAGAACCACUAUUAAUGAACGUUACAGUUGUUCAUGUAUAGAUUCUUAUAUGAAUCGACAAUGUAAACUUUUGUCGAUUAAUGUUGCCAAUACUCCGAUAGAAAUGCCUUUCACUAGUUUUUAUAUUAAUACAACAAUUCAACAAACUGUACAUAUUGGUUUUCAAUUUAUCACUUCAGACAACAGUGGAAAUGGUACACUGUUUACACUUAGAAAUAUGAAUUCCACAUUUUUUUUAAAUGAACAACUAAUCCAAAUCAAAGUUUCCCUUGAAUUUGGACGAAUUAGUGUACAUUUCAUUUAUCUAUCAAAUUCAAAAACUCUUCGUUUACCUUCAGGUGCUGUUGCACUAAAUGACAAUGCUUGGCAUUAUGUAGAUUUUUUUCUGAAUACACAGGUGAAUGGCGAAUGGAAUCUAGUCUUAUUGAUAGAUCGUUGUAAAUAUUCUGAGUUAGGACCGUGUAUGGUGAACGAUACAAUAAUUUUAUCAGUGAAUACAAUACAAAUAGGGGGUUAUAUUCUAAUAGGUGAUGAAUCUGGUCCAUCUACAGAGAGAUUUAGAGGAUGUUUUGAUAAUGUUAUGGUGAAUAGAGAGUUGAUCGAUUUCUACCCGGUACUUUUAUCGCAAGGUUCUCGGCGUGGUUGUCCAGACUCUCAGAAAGGUUGUGUAAGAGGUAAUGUAAAAUUAUGUGGAAAGUAUGGGAAAUGUCGAAAUGCAAUAAGUUCCACCGAUAUACUGACUUGUCAAUGUGAAUUAGGUUAUCGACCUAAUAUAACAGGUGCACCGAAACCACAUAGAUGGCCAUGUGAAACUGUUUCUGAUGGCUGGUCUACAACCAAUGUAGUUUACAAUGCAUUAUUCACUGAUAAAGUUCCGAAUCGUUUACGAUUGAGCAUAAGAACAAGAACUCAAACAUUUAUGGUUUUUGCAGUUGGUGCGUGGAAACUUUCUAUAAGUGUUUCAAAUGGAAUACCUGAACUACGUUUCGAUAAUAUUGUAAUUACGUUAAAUUCACUAAACAUUUCGGAUGGAAAUUGGCAUGUCUUUGAAGUCACAUUUACAUCAAGAUUUUUAGAUUUUCAGGUCGAUGAACUAGAUAAAAUAUAUUAUGAUUCAAGAUAUUUUCCAGAGAAAUCAAUUUCAAGAGGUUCAGUUGAUAUAAUUAUUGCAAACGGAGCUAAAGACACAUGUCUGGAUGAUGCUUGGAUCGAUUUCCGUAAUAUAUGGCCUGAUUUUGAACAAGAUUAUCCAUUGGAAAUCAUUAGUAACCCAUCAUUUCAACGGUAUACAGACUGGGGUACAGUUGGCAGACAGUCAGGUUGUUCAAGUGGUCCUGGGUUUUGUAAUAGUUCAAAAAGUCUUUGUGAUAUUACCGCUUCUUGUAUAGAGGAAUGGAGAAGUUAUCGAUGCGAAUGCUUGAAUAACACAGUUAAAGAUGACAAGGGUAAAUGUGUUCCAUCACAAUGUUAUCCAAACCCAUGUGUUAAUGGUGAAUGUCAUGUACUUAAUGGUGCUAGUAAUUUUACAUGUAUUUGUUAUGGAAUCUGGACUGGACCAUUAUGUAACCAAGUUUCAAGCGUAAAUAUAGCUGGUCUAAGUUGGUGGUGGAUUCUACUUGUUGUUCUACUACUGUUAGCGAUAUUGUUGGCAACAAUUUUUUUAAUUAUCUGUUGUCGCAAACGUCGUGAGAAGAAGAAAUCUAAUUUAAUUGAUUUUAACAAUGAACUGAGUGAUCAAAAGUUGGGUAUAGAUACUCAGAUGAAUGAUCCAUGGAGUACAGGUGAGAAAGAUUUCCAUGGACCGAUUGAUUAUUCAGUGUUAAAAGGAAAUAUUAAUUCUAACCCGUAUCAACUUACAACUAAUGGCUCCUAUCAGAGUAAUGGUUACUUACCAACAAGUAGAAAAUCAGACACAAAUGGAAGUAUAGAUAUACAAACAUUUCCUAGUGUUACUGCUCGAGCCUAUGGACAAAAAACUACAGAUAUACCACCAUGGGAGUCAUUUGAUCGUCAACCAAAUCCUGCAAUAAGAUUAGAUCAAGUAUUAGAAUAUGGAUAUGAAGGAUAUGAUGGUAGACCUCCACCAGAAUUCUGUCCAACUGAACCUGUUGUAUCAACAUCUUAUGAUGAUUAUAUUGCUGAUGAUGGAGAUCUUAAUAUAGAAAAUGUUCAACAAUCAAUAAAACAACCCAUAGCCAAUGGAAAACUGAAUACUUUAAACAAAUAA